AUGGAGCAGGCAAUGUCGACCAAGCACGGCGGAGAGCAGAACCCUCUUGACAGUACAGGCCUCUGUUUGCUGGCCCUAGACGGCGGCGGCGUGCGAGGGCUCUCAACGCUCUACAUCUUGAAAAUCAUCAUGGAUCGACUGAAUCACGAACGAAAAAAGAACAGCCUUCCUUCGGUGAAGCCAUGCGAAGUGUUCGACCUUAUCGGAGGCACCAGCACAGGCGGGCUGAUUGCGAUCAUGCUUGGUCGGCUCGAAAUGGACGUCGAUGAAUGCAUUGCCGCGUAUACUGGUCUGGCGGCAGACGUCUUCGGCGAGAAACUGAGCCGUAUUCCAGUAAACAUCAAAGGUGGAGUCAAGCCGCGAUUCGAUUCCGCGAGAUUAGAAAGCGCGAUCAAAAAGGUGAUAACCCAGAAGGGUGUGUCCGAGACGGACUUGCUCAAUGAUGGAACUGAGCGCGGAUGUCGGACCUUGACUGAUUGGCCGGAUAUUCCUGCGACAAUUUGCCAGGCUGGCCUUGCGACAUCCGCCGCUACCACCUUCUUCGACCCCGUUAGUAUCGAUGAUCGUACGUUCGCGGAUGGGGGUUUUGGCGCAAAUAAUCCCGUGGACGAGGUGGAAGGAGAAGCAUCGAAUAUCUGGGGCUCAGACGAAAAAGAUCUGAAGGAACUUGUCAAGUGUUUUAUAUCAAUCGGGACAGGGAACCCUGGAAAGAAGGCAUUCGAAGACGGCAUGAUCAAAUUUCUCAGCGAGACGGUCGUGCAGAUCGCAACGGAGACAGAGGCCACGGAGAAGAGGUUUAUAGAAAGAUGGGCUAAACAUUUCGACAAAAACCGGUAUUUCCGUUUCAAUGUCGAUCAAGGACUGCAGGAUAUUGGGCUCGAUGAGUACAACAAGAAGGGCGCCAUCAAAGCGGCUACCGAAGGGUACCUUACUCACGUGGCGCAGAGGUACCGUGUGCGAGACUGUAUUCAGAAUUUGAGACUCAAGCAGAACAAGACCGAAACAUCCUUUGGCGCCGUUGUAGACGAAUACACCAUACGCACGAUCCAUCAGCAGUCAGCCGCGCGUCGUAGAACCUGGCUUGUGCCAUUCGAAAGAAAUCCCCUCUUUACAGGUCGCGAGUCUCAGCUUUCUGAGCUUGAAGGAAAGCUUUUUACUAUGGAUCAUACCGCAAAAAUCGCAAUUACGGGGCUAGGUGGUGUAGGAAAGACGCAGCUGGUGCUUGAACUGCUCUACCGAACGAAGGAUAAGCACAAGCAUUGCUUGAUUAUCUGGAUACCCGCAACCAACAGGGAAAGUCUUCAUCAAGCAUACCGUGACGUCGCGUGGCAGCUUAGAAUACCCGGCUGGGAAGAGGAAAAGGCAGAUGUGAAGAGACUCGUGCAGGGACACCUGAGCAAGGAUGAUACAGGCCAGUGGCUGGUCGUGUUUGACAACGCCGAUGACAUUGAUAUGUGGAUCGCCGAGGCUGGAUCUGAGCAGGAGUCGGAACAGGGAUCCCAGGCGUUAGUCGACUACCUGCCAAGCAGCGGUCAAGGAUCCAUUAUUUUCACAACGCGUGACAGGAAGACAGCGGCCAAGCUCGCACACAAGAAUGUCGUGGAAAUCCCGGAGAUGGACGAAGAGGCCGCUACGCAGCUACUGCAGAAGUGUCUCAUCAAUCCGGGCCUCGUCAACAAUGGGCAUGACACAGCUGAUCUUCUCGCAGAGCUCGCUUACCUACCACUGGCUAUCUCACAGGCAGCCGCGUACAUCAACGAGAACGGAAUAACACUUGGGUGUUAUCUAUCGCUCCUAGCGGAGCAAGAAGAGGAGGUUAUCGCUCUUCUCAGCGAAGACUUUAAGGAUGAUUGGAGAUAUCGCAACACGACGAACCCAGUGGCCACGACGUGGCUAAUCUCAUUUGAGCAGAUUCAGCAGAGCAAUCCUCUUGCAGCCCAGUAUCUGUCAUUCAUGUCCUGUGUAGAUCCGAAGGAGAUUCCGCAAUCUCUUCUUCCGCUAGGGUCGUCGCGGAAGGAGGAGACAGACGCCAUUGGAACUCUAAAUGCCUAUUCUUUCGUCAGCAGACGUCCGGAAGACCCGGUUCUUGAUCUCCAUCGACUGGUGCAUUUGGCUACGCGGAACUGGCUUCGAAAAGAACGGAAGCUUGCUGAGUGGACGGAGAGAGUAAUUGUGCGACUACAGGAAGUGUUUCCGAACGACGAUCACAAGAACAGAACUGUCUGGAGGAGAUACCUGCCACACGCGCGUUAUGCACUGCAAGCCGAUCUUGUCGGCAAAGAUUGGACGUGCAGAAUGGAUCUUAUUUGGAGAUAUGGCCUCUGUCUCUACCAAGAUGGACAAUGGGAUGACGCUGAAGUUGCAAUUUUACAGGUCCUAGAAAUGAGAAAGAGGGUGCAUGGGCCGGACCGCCCUUCCACACUGGCCAGCAUGGUGUACCUGGCAGAAAUAUACCGGAAUCAGGGGCGAUGGAAUGAAGCUGAGAAGCUGUUUACGCAAUUAAUGGAGACUUCUAAGACCGUGCUAGGCGCUGAGCAUCCCAACACUCUGGCCUGCAUGGGCAACCUGGCAUUAGCCUACUGGGAUCAAGGACGUUGGAAUGAAGCUGAGAAGCUGGAGGUGCAAGUGGUGGAGAUGAGAAAGGCAGUGCUUGGGCCGGAUCACCCUUCCACGCUGUCCAGCAUGGCCAACCUGGCAUUAACCUACAAGGAUCAAGGACGGUGGAUUGAAGCUGAGAAGCUGUCUAUGCAAGUAAUGGAGACUUGUAAGACAGUACUAGGCGCUGAGCAUCCCAACACKCUGGCCUGCAUGGGCAACCUGGCAUUAACCUACAAGGAUCAAGGACGGUGGAUUGAAGCUGAGAAGCUGGAGGUGCAAGUGAUGGAGAUGAGGAAGGCAGUGCUGGGCGCUGAGCAUCCUGACACCCUGACCAGCAUAUCAAACCUGGCAUACACCUACGGGUGUCAAGGACAAUGGAAUGAAGCUGAGAAGCUAUUUAUCCAAGUGUUGGAGAUAAGGAAGGCAGUGCUGGGCGCUGAGAAUCCCGACACUCUGACCAGCAUGGAAAACCUUGCAUAUACCUGGAAAUCUCAAAGAAGGCUUCCAGAUGCCUUAGCUCUACUUGAAGCAUGUUGUCGGCUGCGCAAUAAGGUAUUAGGCCUGGAUCAUCCAGACACCAGAGGUUCCUUUCAUGCUCUUGAUAACUGGCGGGACCAGCAUAAUUUGGUGCUGAAUGAAAAUCUCCCACCCUCAAUCAGAACGACUGCAGGAGGUUACAGCGCGCCACAAUGUGACGGCCACAAUGGCUAA